ACUUAGGCCCUAUAUGUGAACCAAAUAGCUAUCCAGGGAAUAUUCAACUUUGACUCGCUUCAUUCUCGUAUUUUUUGUGUGUGCCUCAUACUAAAUGAAAGAAAGGAGAGAUGCAACACUGUGAGGCUAAAUAAUUCAAACUUGGCUCUUCUACAAAGAGCCUGCGGGCAAUUCAAAUUAUCAGAGGAAGAAACACCACAAGGAAAGCAAAAGCCAAAUGUUGUCCACAGGAGUCCUCCUUUUUGCUGUCUUGAUUUCAACUGCUCUGGCUGGACCAUGGGCUAACAUCUGUGCUGGCAAGUCUUCCAAUGAGAUCAGGACAUGUGACAGUCACGGCUGUGGUCAGUACACUGCUCAAAGAAAUCACAGGCCUCACCAGGGUGUGGAUGUCUUGUGCUCUGAUGGAUCUACCGUGUAUGCACCUUUCACCGGAAUGAUUGUGGGCCAGGAGAAGCCUUAUAAUAACAAAAAUGCCAUUAAUAAUGGUGUUCGGAUAUCUGGAAGAGGUUUCUGUAUUAAAAUGUUCUACAUUAAGCCAAUUAAAUAUAAAGGCUCUAUCAAGAAGGGAGAAAAACUGGGAACUCUACUACCCUUGCAGAAAGUCUAUCCAGGCAUACAAUCCCACAUACAUAUUGAAAACUGUGACUUGAGUGAUCCUACCGUGUACCUCUAAGUAGAAGACAAAUGACCAGAUCUUCUAAAGAGAAUCAUCUUCUUAAAAACCUGGAUGCAUAUCCUACUUUUCAAGAAAUUCGUGUCCAAAUAAAAACAUGAUGAAUGCAAGAAAGAAAA